AUGAAUUUGAGUAAUUCUUUUUAACAGAAGUUCAACUAGUCAUCUAUUACAAGCACAAUUCCUCCUCCGUAACUACCUUAAUAACCUUCAAUUAAGUUAUUAGGAUCUUAGCCUGUAAAUUUAGAUAUUAAAUAAUAAUAUUAGUUACCAUAAAAUCAAUUACUUAUUUUGAAGUAAGGUUAUAACUAGCCAGCUUAGAUCCAGUAAACUUAAGUUAUAAAUAAUUAGCCUUAUAUGUAAAAUAAUGGUUCUAUAUAAAAUAUUGAGGUAAAGUAAAGCUCUAGAGUAAUGCAAACUAAUGCCAGUAGUAGCAGUAUAAGUAGCAACAGCAAAUUUCCUUACAAAGUUAAAAGCAUUAUCUAAGAAAUUAAUUUCUAAAAUUAAAACAAUAACAUUCCUUAAGUUCGCAAUAGAUUUUUAAAUAAUUUACCAGAAAUAUAGCAAAACAAUGCUUUAAAUAGCUAGAUUUAAUAUCAAAUAGAAAAUGGAAGAAGCCUAAGUAGUAAUAUAAUAAUUCCUACUAACGGUAGUUAAAUAAUCUAAAAUAGCAAUAGUAAUAAUAAUUUUAUUCAAGCAAGAAGAAAUUCUAAUUGUAGCACUUAACAUAAUUCCUCUAUAUAAUAAAAUAACAGCGUUAAUAAUCCUAUAAUCCAAUCAGGGUCUUAUGGAUUGCCAUAAGUUCCUUAAUAAAUAUCAUCUUUUAACAAGAAAGUAGAUCAUAUAAACGAAAAAAUCUUAAACCAUGAAAACAAACUAAAAGAAUUCCUUCAAGCAACAAAUGCAUAGAAUUAAAAUCAACAAAAUCAAAGCUAGUUUGAAAUUUUGAGUGGAAGUAAACAUGCACAAUCUUUAGAAAACUCCUUAAAGAGUUAAAAUGUUUAUAUUGUCAACAAUAAAAUCAAAUUAUCGCCAGAAAAAAAUGUCAUUAAAACUGUUAUAACUUAUGUUAAUUAACCUCAGCAAAUAAAUUAUUCUCAAAUGCAAUCAAAUCUCAAUAAGUCUUCUCUUGAUAGCAAAUCAAAUAUUUAUAAUAUAGCUAAUCCAAUUUAACCUAAUAUGGAUAAGUAAGAUAAUUCAUCAAAAUAUAAUAUUAAUUAAUUACUUGACAACUCAAAUUUUAAGUAAUCAAGUAACAUUUCUCCCUCUUCAGUGGCUAAUUAAUCACCAACAAUCUUAAGAGCAUACUAGCCAUUUGAUUUAAAUAAGAGCUAAACUCAAUCUGUUAUAUCUCCUGUAUCAUAAGGAUAGAAUUUAUUUACUAUUUAAAAUAUUCCUUAAUAUAUUGAUUAGAAGCCUAAUAAAGAAACUUAAAAAAUUGCUAGCUAAAAUUCAACCUAAGGAGAAAAAUAAAGGUAAUCCCCAGCUCUCACUUUUGCAUAAAUUCCGAAUGGCUCAAUAUCUAGAAAUUCUAGUUUAUCAGAUUUUUAACUAAAUAAGUAAGGUAGUGUAGGUUCAUAAUCACAAUCACCAUUAUCAAAAUCACCUAUUUCAUCUGGAGCAUAACAACUAAUUAGCAAAUUACCCUUAACUAUAUCUUCUCCUUAAAACCAAAAAACUGACAUAAAGGAUCAAGAGAAAGGAGACCAAUCUGGAACAGCUAGUAACAAAAACGAUAAUCUAUCUGUGACUUAAAAUUAUCUUUACAAACUUAAAGAUUCAUACUUUACACCUUAGAAUUUAGAUCAAUCAAGCACAAAAAGCGAAAUAAACUUAAUUGCUUUAUCAAAUAAUAACAUUUCAAAGACGCCUUCACUAAAUUAGACAGAUCUAACACCUAAAAAUGCUCCUUUAAUUAAUGUCUAAUAAACAUCUUCUUUAAGUCCUUCAAUUUAGCCACCUAUACAAGCUGUUAACUCAGGUAAUUAAUAAUAAAAUUAACAAUAAUAAGAAGAUGACAAAGAAAAAUAAAUUUUUAUUUAUUAGCUGAAUAAUCUUUAAAGUAUAAAUUAAUAAAACACUUAAAGUUAAUUAAAAGAAGAAUAAAUUAACAGCUAAUAGCUUUAAAAAUUUAAAUCAGCAUAAAUUUCAUAAAUUAAUUAAUUAUCGCCUAUUUCAAACAAGGCUACUAACAGAUUAAGUGAAACUAUCUAAAAUGAUGCAAAUCAAAUACCUAUAACUAAUCUUGAUAUGCAUUUUUAAUAGAAUUAAUAGACUUCGAUCCAUAAGAAUAUUUUAGAUUCUAAUAUUUAAACCUCAGUUGACUAAAGUAAACCUUUGAUUUAAAAUAACAUAAUUGAAAGCUAGAAGUAAGAUUAAGCAUAAUCAUAACUUAAUUCACAAUUUUCUUAAUAGUCUGUUCAGGGGAUUCCUCCUUACACUCCACUUUUAUAUCCUGCCUAUAAAGGUAUUUAGAAUCCUCUUGAAAACUUGAGCUUAAUAUAAAAAAGAACAUUUCUAAGCAGAUAACCUUCAUAAGAGAAAAUUUAAUAUACCUCUCAUUCGCCUGCUAGAUCUGUUUAAUCAGAUAUCUAAAGAUCUAACUACCUUUAAAGUCCUUUUUCAGUUGUUGAAAAGUAAAUAAACUUGUUAAAAAGCAGACCUAAUUCAUUAGAAAACAAUUAUAACAGCCUUUCACAAUCUCCUAAACCUUAAAUCUAAGAUGUAGUUUAACAAAUUUCACGUUCUCAAAAUCCUCAAACAAGGGGUUUAACAUUUCAGCAAAAUUAUUAAUCACACUCUCCAACAAUAACGGCUCCAAUAAUUAAAAGCAUUAUCACUUCAUCACCAGAAGGAAUUAAAAGUUAAAAGAUUUCAGUUUCCCAUAGCGCUUAAAUUCCAAUAGCUGAGGGAGUUUCAAUAAAUGCUCAAGUUACUACAGAGCAUGAAAUUAAAGACUAUUAAAAUUACUUGAGAAGCAGUCCUUCUAAUAAUGUAAAAAUUAUAGAGAACAUAAUUAUUGAUAAUCAAUAAAUUUAAGACUCAAUAGAUUUUAAAUAGAAUAGAGCUUUUACAUUUUAAACUAUAUCAAGUCCUUUCCCUUCAGCAAAUUAGAAUAUCCAAUAUAAUCAACCAAGUAUAAAGAAGGAAGGUGUAGAUAUAAAUUAAUUUGCAAAUAGUCCUCUUAGAAUUUAGAGUGAAUUAAAUAAUAACUCAAGUUACUUUUAGAAUAAAGAGGUAUAAAGAGUUAUUGGCUAAGACUCUGAAGGUAAAUAGUAUUAAGAUAUUCUCAGAUAAAUCGAUUAAAAAACCAAAAAUGAAAACUAAACAGAAAAUAGAUUAUUUACUUUAGAGGAACCAACUACAUAACCUUUAUUUUCAAAUGUGUCUUAGCAGAUUGAAAAAGUUCAAAAUUUAAAUUAAAACUUAGAGUUUAAUCAAGCAAUAAAGAAUAAUAAUUUUGAUUCAGAAACAUAAUAAAUCUCUGAGCAGAAUAAUCUAGAGAAUGAAGAGAGAAGAAAAAGACAAUUUUCUUUUUAGGAAAACAAAAAUGCAAAAGAAAUUCUUAAUGAUAAGAAAUAAGAUAAAAUAAUUGAAGAGAAUAUAGAUAAAUUGAUAGGGAAUAUAUUCAAAGAGGCUAUGAACAAUGUUAAUUAAACUAUCAACAAAAAAAGAGAUCAAUUAAACUAACAAUUUUAAACUGCAACAGAACAAAAGAAAGAAGAAAAAAUCUCAAUUUUUGAAAAAAUUAAUUCUCAAUAAUCGAAUUAGCAAGAUUCAUAAAUCAAUUAACAAAAUAUGAGCUAAAUAAAUAAUUAAAUGUAAAAUUAAGAAUAAAAUGUAAAUAUUAAAUUAGAUUAAAAUGAUAAAAAUGAGGAAAUGUAUAACGUAAAUGAUUAAGAUGAAUCAACAAAGAGAUCAAAAUAAAAAAAUUAAUAAAGUGAAGAAUCAUAAAAUUAAGAAAUUAUAUAAGAAAAUUAGAAAAUUGAAAAGUAAUUAAAACAAUAACCUAGCUAUUUAGCAAAAAAUUUAAAUACUAUUAAUGAGCUAGAUGGCGAUGCUUUAUCAGUUUUUAAGAAAAUAGAGAAUGGUAAUACGUUCCACCUACCUUUGGAUGAUAAUAAGAAAAAAGAGCUUGCUCAAAGCUGGUAAAAACCAGAUUAUAUCUAAUCAUUAAUUUUAGGAUAACUAGAUAAAGAUAAGAAAUAAAUUAAAUAAACUAAUUCUAAAUAAAAUUUGAAAAAUUCCUUAACAUAAUUUUCAAAGCCGAUUGAAAGAAGCAGUGGAAAUAGCUAGAGCUCUAUUAAAUAAUCAGAUUCACUUUCAAAAUCGUUAAAAUAAAAUAAUAGCGAAAUUAAAAAUUAUAAGGAAGAACCAAUCAUUUCAAAUCUAAGUAAAACUAAAGGAUUUUUGUUUAAAAAUAAAAAAGAAAAAUCUGAAUAACAAUUUUCAUAGCCUCCAAAUAUCGAAUAAUAGUUUUAGAAUAGCUCUCUUCAAACAAAUGAAAUAGAAAAUAAAAUGGAGGCACCAUAAGAAUAGGUAAAAAAAACUCAAAAUUAAUAGCCUCCACAAGAAAAAGUAUUUCCCUUUUUUUAAUCUUAGUAGAAUCAUUAUUAAAAAAAUAAAAAUUCAUCUCUUCAAAAUUCUUAGUCUAACUCUAGAUAAAACAGUAUAGAUAAAUAAAGAAGCAUCCUUGAUAAAAUUGAAAACACCUUUGAAGAAGCUUAAGUAAUUGGGUCUUUUGGUUUGCAGUAGAAUAAUACAGUAACUUAGUUAGAAGUUAAAAAUGUAAAAAAUCAAAGGUCAGUAGCUUAAUUCUAGUAGCCAUAUCCUUCUCAUUAAUAAUAAAUAUAGACUAACAGUAAAUAAAAUUCUCCAUAAUCUUCAAAGCUAAAGAAUUUCCCUCCUAACCAAGAUGUUGAGAAAGAUGAGCUUUAAUAUUUAGAUAAAGCACCUAUAGAAUAUCCGUAAAAUGUUUUAGAGAAUACUUCUUAAGACAUAUUUCUUACACCUUAAUAUGAGGAAUCAGAAAAAGACAAAAAAUAUCGCAAUUUUCUAUUAAAAAUGUUGAAUAAUUAUUAAGAAAAAAGAGAGGAGAUACUUAAAAAAAUAGACAAACUUAAUAAAAAAUAGCAAGUUGAACAAUUUUAGAGUUAGUCUUUCAAUGCUAAUUAGAUGUAAAAAAAUAAUUCUAGUUUCGUAGAACCUUAAAAAUUGAUUUACAAGCCAUAGAAAAUAAAUAAUGAUAAUGAUUAAAUUAAACAAAUGAGUCCCAAAUAAACUAAAUAUGAUUUGAAUAAUAGCCAAAAUAAGAAAAAUUUUGAUAUUAACAAGCACAUCAAUAAUGCUUAUUAAGAGAAUGAAAUGCAAGAAUAAAUUCAGUAAUAUGAAAUGCUUAUUCAUAAUGAUGCUUAGUCUCCAGCAAACUAAAGAAGAAAUAAAGAUUCCUAUUUAAAUAGCUUAAUCAGUAGUCCUGAUUAAACUCAUGAGUAAAAAUAACUUUAUACUAUACGAAACUAUAACUAAUCUCCUGGUUUACAUGAUAACGAAGAGUAAAAUUGUAGUAACUCAUAAUUUAAAGGUAGAAAACUUAGACCUUGUGAGUUGAAAAAUAUUUUACAAAGUCAGAAAGAUGGAGAUUUAUAUGAAAAAACUACAUUUAAGAAUGAUUAUUAUAAAAAUGCUAAAUUUAAAGAGUCACCAAAAAAAUCUAAAAGUCCUUAAACGCUCUAAUAAAACGAAAAAUCACCAUAACUUUGCAGAAAAAUGAUUGAUAAAUAGAAUAAACAAAUAUCUUCAGAAUUAGAUAAAUAUAAAAUUAAUAGGAUAACUGACGAUAGAAGUAAUCUAAGUGAAAUAGAUUAUAAUUAUGAAGUAAAUAAUAAUAAUAAUAAAAGUUAGAGUAAGAACUUAUCUACUUCAAAAUCACCUAACAGAUCUACCAAAAGUCCUUAUUAAAAAUAGCCAUUAAUAGACUCUAAAAGAUAGAAAUAAAAAAAUUAAUAAAUAAAUCAAAUCUAAAUAAAUACAAAAAUCUAAAAACCUGAAAUUAAUAAAAAAAAACUGGAUAUUAAGAAUUAAAAUAAGAAAUAUUAAGAUCAAAGUCAUUUAAAGGACAAAAACAAAGUUCAAGAUAUACAAAUGGGUAUUAAAAAUACAUAAAACAAGAAAGGUAAUUAAUUUUUGAAAAACAAAUAUUUCAAUUAAUUAGAAGAUUAAAACUCAGAUUUUAAUAACUCAUAAAACUUAGAAAAUAUGUAUCCAGCUUAUGGAUAACCUAAUAAAAAUUACCAACAAUUUAACAUUUAAUUAUAAAAUACGUUUGAAUCUUAAAAUUAAAACUCAAAAGAAGAUUUUUAGGUAGAAGUUAAUUAAAAUUAUUCAGAUUAUUCUAACAAACAAAGUAAUAAAAAAAAUGCUAAGAAUACAUAAAAAAUAGGGCAAAAAUAAUUACUAAAUAAUUAAUAUCCAAUGAAUAUUUAAAGUCAUUUAACAAAAGGUGAUAAAAACUAUUUGAAUUCAAAUAAAGGAGAAAAAAUAUAACCACAUCAAAAUAUCAUUUAGAAUAUAAAUGAUAUGCAGAAAUAUUCUGAAUAUAUGAUUGAAAAUAAUCAAAAUUUACUAAAAGAUCUUGACUAGAGUAUUGAGAGAGCAAGCAGAAACAGUAGUUAGCACAAUAGGUCUAGGAACAAUAGCAAUUCUGCUGGAAGAAGCAUUAUUAAAGAAAUAGGAUCAUUUUUCAAAUUCUAAAAGGAAUAAGAAAUUUCACCUUUGUUACGUCCAAAAUCUGAAUCAGCAUAAAGAGGAUAACAAUAUAUCGAUUCUCGCUAAUCACUUAGCAGUCCAGAUAGAAUUUAAGACUCAUAAAACGAUUAGGAAUUUUAGCAUAACUCUUCAAAUCCUAUUAAUAAUAAGCUAUAUGUUUAAAUUAGAAAAACUAUUCAUUCAAUAUCUCCUCCUCAUUCAUAAGAGUAAUAAAAAGGAAACUACUUCAAUUUACCUUAGUAUUACUCAAACAAUCCUUAAUUUGAAUUAUAGAGACAGCAUGAUAAAUAGUAUGAGAAUAGGUUCGAAGAAGAUUAAUAAUUAUAAAAAUAAAAUUAGUAAAAAAUGAAUUUAUAAUAAAUAUAAAAAAUUAUUCAAAAAAAUAAUAAUAAGUUAAAAAAAAAUGUUGUAUUAUGA